ACUUAUCUGUCACACAAUGGUGCAGCUCCACACGGAACGUGCCUAGCUUAGCUUCGCCUACCUAGGUAGCUGCCUGCCGGGCCCUAUAAAUCCCUCGCGCCGCGGCGAGCUGCGGAGGGAAUAUCUCGGCGAGCUGUCUGCCUGUCCGUCGUGUUUCGCAAGCUCUCGUCAUUGGUUGCCUCAUUCACAGCUAGCUAGCCCCGAGUUCGUCCUUUGCACAGCCGGCCGGCCGGUCAUGUCGUCGACGACGCAGAGCGCGGCCCUGUCGGCGAAAUGCGCGGCGUGGGCGCAGGAGCGGCGGCCGUUCACGCACCCGAUCGAGAUCCCGGCGGCCUCCGGCGCGCCGGACGAGCGGAGGGGCCGCGGCGAGGAGGAGGAAGGCGGGGAGGUGGAGCCGCCGCACGUGCUGAUGGCGCGGCGCAGGGCGGCCUCCUCGGUGUGCUCCGGCCAGGGCCGGACGCUCAAGGGCCGGGACCUCACGCGCACGCGCGACUCCGUCCUCCGCAUGACCGGCUUCAUCGAGAGCUAGCCCGUCCUUGCCGCGCGCCCAUCUUGUUCGCGGCCGACGGCGCGCGGCCGGGCUGCCCUGCGCGGCUUGCCGGCUGCAGUGAUACAUGCUGUCUGCUUGGGUCGUUGAUCCAGUUUGUAGAGUAAAUAAGAUAGCUACGGAGCAUAGGACGAAUGUCGAUGAAUUUUCUUCAAUCGGUCUCAUUUGUGAAUUGGUUGGAAUUGGAAGAGCGAGAUGAAAUUUAA